GAAGAAACAACAACAGCAACAGCAGCACUCGAAGCACUAGCACUAGCACCAGCACUCGCAUUAGCAGCAGCAGCAGAAAGUGGCUGUCUUCGUUCUCGUCUUGUUCCCAGGAGUCCCGCAUUGCAGUAUCACUCUGUAUUCACGAUACACAAAGCUCACUUCGCACAGCAUAAACAUUUUGCUACGGUUCGUUAGUCAAGUUGCGUCCGACACAUCAUCACACACACGUCCACAUAUAGUUCAGCUUAGAUUACCGUCAUGUCUAGGGAACAAUCGCAAAUUCAAGUCGACGAUGAAAAUCAGCAGCAUCAGCUCUUGAGAGCCAAGUCCGAUGCAAACCUUGUCAAUAGCAAUGGUCAGAAAGGAAUGGGCGUCAGCGACUAUAGCAAUAACGAGAACAAGCCCCCAAGAAACAACAUUUCGCAGCGAGACAGACAGGUGUUAACUAAUUUGCACACCACGAAGCUGAAUUCGCAGAGCAAGUCGGUGUUCACAAAUACGGUCCACAACCAUGGCAUUCCAAACUUCCACGGCAAUCAACAGCAGACACAGGGUAACACAGUGCCAAAGCCAGAGGCUCCUAAACAAUCGCAAACUCAAACGCAAGGUCAAAACCAAAACCUAAACCAAACACAAUCACAGCAACAGCAACAGCAACAGCAACAGCAACAGCAACAGCAACAGCAACAGCAGCAACAACAACAACAACAGCAGAAGCAACAACAAGCAGACCACUUAACCGCCAUCAGUGGGAUGACUAUGUGUUCUCCAUUCUUCACCAAUACUGUGAAUUUUGAAAAUAACACUAGUUUGCAACCAACCAAGCAGAUCAAGAUAAAACCAGAUCAGCAGAGCGCUAAUGAUACCAACGUUAAUAACAAAAUCAACCUUCGUCAUAAUAAUAAUAUACUUCCGGACAUAUUGGAAGUACGUAAUACCGGUACCACUGACAAAGGUGAUAAAAAUAGUGAUAACAACAAUGACUUGAGCUUGAAGUCGAACUUCAACUCAACCAAUUUUGAUGAAGGAGUGGAUAUUGAGGGAAAUAAUGAAGACGGCCAAAACCUAGAGUCGAUAGCUGAAAGGACAGAAGAGCAAAUACAGGAUGAAAAUAGAAGAAUGUCUUUAAAGAGACAAGCGCCAGUCGACAGUGCCGAUUUGAUAGAACCAGAUGGCACUCAGGAACUGAAAAGAGUACGCGUUGAUUAUGAUUACUCAUGGGAAGACUUAGAUUCAGGAGACUUUGAUGAUCCAUUAAUGGUGAGCGAAUAUGUUAAUGACAUUUUUGAUUAUCUCCACGAACUAGAGUUGAAGACUCUCCCUGACCCUAACUAUCUACAAAUGCAGCGUAACUUGAGACCUAAAAUGCGCUCAAUCUUGGUUGAUUGGAUGGUUGAGGUGCAUUUGAAAUUCAAGCUUCUGCCUGAAACACUCUAUCUAUCGAUAAACAUAAUGGACCGAUUUUUAUCCAAAGAACUUGUUCAAGUGGAUCGUCUUCAAUUGCUUGCAACAGGUGCUUUAUUCAUUGCUGCGAAAUACGAGGAAGUUUAUUCCCCGUCCAUCAAAAAUUAUGCAUACGUAACAGACGGUGCAUUUUCGGAAGAUGAGAUAUUGGGUGCCGAGAGAUUUAUACUUGAAAUCCUGAACUUCAACAUGAGUUAUCCAAAUCCAAUGAAUUUCUUGAGGCGGAUAUCCAAAGCUGACGACUAUGACGUUAAUACACGUACUAUUGGUAAAUACCUCUUGGAGGUGACUGUGAUAGAUCAUAAGUUUAUUGGAUAUCUGCCAUCUUUGUGUGCAGCUGCUGCAAUGUUCAUCUCUAGGAAAAUGAUCAGUAAAAACGAUUGGAAUGGUAACCUGAUCCACUAUUCAGGAGGCUACAAGAGCAACGAUUUGCAAGAGGUUUGUCUUAUGAUUAUGGAUUAUCUUGUUAGUCCUAUUGUUCAUGAGGAGUUUUUCAAAAAAUACGCAUCAAGAAAAUUCAUGAAAGUUUCGAUUCUGGCUAGACAAUGGGCAAAAAAGGUAACGAGAGAGGGCAAGAAUAUAAUGGAUGAUGAACUGUAAGGGAAAAAUAGAGAGAUAGAAAGGAAAGGAAAAGAAUGGAACGCAUAUGUAAGUAAAAACGCAUGUGCAACUAUUCAAGUAAAAUUCUAAAUACAAUAUCAUCAUUAAUCUGCUUUACUAAACUCUCUCACAAUUAUACAUGCAUACAUCCGAACGUACC